AUGGCCGUGGCGGCCGGGAGGCCUUUGGGAGAGGCGGGCGGCGGCAGCUCGGCCCGUCCGCCCCCGCCGGCUGAGGUGGAGGCCGUGGCCGCGGACUGGAUGCUGGAGUUCGCCUGCCACUGCCUGUGUCGGCACUUCAGGGAGGACUGCGCGGCGGGGCUCCGGCGGUGGGGGGCUGUGGCGCAGGCUCUUAUUAAUGGCCUCUCCAAAACACCUACGCAUCAGAUAAAAACGGUGUAUCUCUGUCAGCUUUUGAUAAGAAUUUCAAAAGGAAAAAAUCUUGAAUGCCAUUUUGAAGAUGAUCAAAGAAUUUCACCUUUGGAAUCUGCUCUGUCUUUCUGGACUUUACUUGAAAAGGAAGAAAUUAAGCUGGAAAAGCUACAUGAAGAUAUUCGUCGCUUGAUUCAAAUUCAGAUUGUAGCAGUAUAUAUGGAAAAAGGGUAUUUCAAGGCAGCUGCUGAAGUUCUUGAAAGGAUAUUUUUGGACUCCGAAUCAGAUAAGCGUUUAAGGGUGAAGCUGGCAACUGUAAUUAAAAGCAAGGAUCCAUAUGUUCCCCUUCUCCAAAGCUUCAAUUACAAUCUUUUGAUAAGUAAAAUCAAGUCUUAUAUUGAACUUUUCAUGAAAGAAAAUGAAACUAACUUCUUAAUACAGGCAGCCACAAAACAGGUAGAGUCUAAAGGACUGGAAGCAAAAGCACUGGAAAGCAAAACUAUCUAUGUCAACAAAAAUGAUGGAAGUAAUUUGGAAACAAAACAAAGAUCAAUGACAAAGGAACAGAGUGAGUCACCUGGAGACAUAAAAAAACCUUCAGUAAGGCCUCGUUCAGGAUGGAAACACAGAGCACGUUGUGUUCUACAGAGUCUGAACAACUUGCAAAAUGUGGAGAAACAGGGAGAUGCUUCGGCUUGUGCCCGAAAAAGACAGAGAUGGACUUACAAAGAAGACUUGGAACUGAAAUCAGGAGUAAAGGAGUUUGGAGUGGGUAACUGGGCUAAAAUUUUGGUUCAUGGUGACUUUAACAACAGAACUAGUGUCAUGUUAAAGGACCGAUGGAGAACACUGUGCAGGAAUGACCAAGGCUAAUUUGGACUACAGGAAUCAGCUCAGCUUGACCUUUUCCUACGUAAGGAUCUAGUUUAGCAUUUUUGGUAUAAUAGCUUAUCUUAGUCUCAGAAUGUCUAGCAGUGUGUCUGUCCUAAAACAUGAAACAGAACAGUAGUAGUUGUAAAACAUUCAUGUAAGCUCAGUUGUUUGCGUAAUGAUGACUUAAAUGUGAAGCCUGGCCUUUUCUUGACUCGCAUGGCAUGAUCUAAUUUCUGAAAUGGGAAAAUGCCUGCAGUGAUUUAAGAAAGAUCAGUUUUAUACACAGGGGUAUUAAAUUACUGUAAACAUGUUUAACUUGAUAAAGGCUAAUACAGAGUCAUGUGUUCUCCAUUUUUAAAGGGUUGUAUCUCGAGUCAGAUUGAGCUUUUUUAUCACAUUAUUUCCUUCCGUAUAAUCCAUUCGAAUGUGGUUUGCUUUUAUUUGAAAUUUUGGUCAGACUUGUCAUCUUUGUCAGUAAGCUAUUCAAAAAAAUAUGUAUGUAUUAGUAUAGCUAAUUAUACAGUCAGGUUCCUUUAUUUUUUUCAGUUAAAAAAGUGAUGCUCCAUGUAAUUUUGUACUUAUAAGUAGUAAUGCUGCUGGGUUUUGUUGUUUGGGGUUUUUUUUAAAGGGUUAAAUUCUAGGUGGCAGAUUAAGUUGAACCAUAUUAUAUAUUGGCAUAAUAGCACUUUUUAUCUCAAGGAAGAGAUGGAAAACAUGGAAAAUAACAGUAUGAUACUAGGUCUUAGCAUCUAUUAUAUUGUGCUACCUACCUUGUCUUGAGAAGUGGCUUCUCCUAGAGGGGCAGGAAAGGGAAAGCUCAAAAUCAUAUGGCCAAAAUGGGGCUCUGACAGAGAGCACAGCUCAUGAGACAUGUUUCAUCUAUGCUCUCCUCUGUCUCUGUCUGCAGUGAUUGCAAGCAAAGAUAAUCUCUGAUGGGGGUAACCAUCUGUCAGGGUGUCAGUUGGUCACUGUAAAUGCCCUGCUCAUGAGAGACUGUAAAAGAUUAAUGAUGUACUACUCUUUCUCUCUUGGUUCAAAUUGUGUGGAAAGGAGUUCCUCAUCCUCAGAAAACCCAUACUUUCCACUGUCAUAUUCAUGUGAAUCUAGUGACUUGAACUAAUAUAUCACAGCACUCUUGUGAAGUGAAAGCUCUUAAAUUCAGAUGUUUUCUGUACCUUUUGUCCUUGGAUAAGGUUUUUAAUUUACUAGAACCUGACAAGGAAAAGCAUCUGUCCAAACUGGUCAUAAUAAAAUAAACCCCUCUGCGAUAUUUUUCCUGUCUACAAAGGAAGAUACAUAUUCUUGAAAGAUGAAAUGUUUAGGAAGAAUUAAGAUAAUCUCUCUGCUUUCUGUAUUUAAGGCCUGCUUCCAUUAAGAUAAAAUAGUAAAGUACAGUUACAAAGGUUUGUUUCACACUCUUACUGUGGACAGAACUUCAGCCAGGUCACCUUCCUCAUUCUUGCCACCAGACACUACAGUUUCUUCUUGCAGCUGCUAGAAACAGCACCAAGCAGUAGUCUUCAGGUUCCACGGAGAUGCUGCCUGUCUUAGCAGUAAAUUUUCUCAACCUUAAGGCAUAAUUUCUUCUCAGCAAACAGUGCAAGUUUCAGGAUCUUGAUAAAAUACAGGCUUUUUCCUUUAGCAAGGAAUGCUAAGGAGCUGUUAACUGUACUAUAGCAGGUAUCUGGUAAAUGAUCAAGUGCAGUAUGCAGCCUCUUUAAUGCUGUGACAAUAAUUCAAGGUAAGUAAUAGGUAACAAAACAAGGAUUUGACCUACCUGCGUAACAGUCUUGCCAGUGCUCUAAUAUUGCAGGCUUCUCUGUUAAUCAUUGUACAUGAGCAGUUUUAACUAGUAAUAAGUAACUUUUUUAAUGUUAGCCAAAGCUUUAGUAACAAAGUCUUGUUUAGGUUCAUCUGUCACGAAGUUCACACUUUGUAUUAGUGACAUGAAGAUCUGAGCAGGGCUACUUCCUGAACGAUGCUGGCUAGCUUUAUGUCUUGAUGAAGGUGGCUGAACAUGAAAACUGCCAUGUGGAAGAAUACCCACUUGUAGUAUGAACAAAGGAUCUAAACUGAAAUGUGGUUUUAACUCUCCAACUUUCAUUUUUAUUCACCCUUGCUAUUUAAUUAUGACAACUAUUCUCACUUGAGAAUGUUUGGUUGGCUUACUGCUGAUUAGGAGCAGUGCCUGUAGACAGGACUGCAGCCAGGAAAGAACAAGAACUUUAGGAAAAGAAGCUAUUACAAUUAGAAACAUUAACUCUUUAAUUACAAAAGAGAAAUACAGGAAUGUGCUUCUAGUGUUCUAAUAAAAUGAUCGGGUUUAGGGUUUUGUAUUGAGGCAGAGAGAAUUUCACAAAAGGCUUCUGACUCCUUCAAAAUUUGUUUAGGCUCCAGAAAAUGCAGUAGGAAUAUGUAGGUUUCUUAGCAUUGGCAUUAAUUUUCAUAAUCCUUUUGGUUUUGCUGUUUUAAAGGUCUUCUAAACUUUUAUGUAAAAAUAAAGCUAUGCACAAGGGGACAUGAACAGUGCUCCAGCUGCCGAAUCUUCUUCCAGGUUCCUUGGCACUGAGAGUUGCCAACUGCUUCCCAGUGUAAGAUUUUACCACUGAAAUGUGACAGUAAAUGAGGAAUUAAAACACUGAAAACUGUGUUUUGUGUUACAAGGUUGUAUUGUAUAACAUGUCAAGAUUAUAUUUGCUUAUUAAUGUAAGAGUUUAAUUAGCUCAUCUGGCUCUUAAAAUGCUUUCCUAAGUAUAGCAUACAGGGUGAUGGAUUGAGUAGCUGGUUGUACAGGUAUUAAGUAGUAUGCAUAUUAUUAAAUGUAUAGAUCAAAUAAAAAUCUGUUCCCAAUAUUAAAUGUUUACUUUCAACACUACUGUUCUAGAAACCAGGUGUCUAGGUUUAAGAGUACUGAUACACUAUUUUAAACCUGAAAUCAGAUUUGGAGUAGCCAGGGAAUACUGUUCUUAAGUGAAAGUGUCCGUAGCUGUAAGAAGACCUCUUGCACUACAGACACUGCAUCAUCCAUUCAUAAUAGUAAAUAAAGCACUCACUGAACUCUUAUAUAGGAAUUAUUUCACAAUUUUACCUAAGUUUUAGAAGAAAUUUAUGUGAAAAUUGAAAGGGUACAUCUUCCGAGCUCUAGAGCGAUAUGAGCCACUUCCUUUUUAGGUGUAAUAAUGCAGCUUUUAAUGAGGCCUGGAGAAGUCUUUACCUUCUGUACUGGAUUUUGCUACAGAAGUGACAGCAGAAAAAUGGCUUUCCUUACCCCUCUGCAUUAUGGCCAUCUCCAGAGCAACGAUGCGUG